AUGAUACUUCUAGGCCUCGCUGUCAGUUUUAUAGUUAUUGGGGGUGCAAUUCCUUAUGUAUUUCAAUAUGCUGAAAUUUAUCAAAGAAAAAGUGCUGCUGGCUUUUCUUUGCUUGUUUGUUUGGCACUUUGUAUUGCUAAUAUUUUGAGAAUUGAAUUUUGGUUUGGUAAACAAUUCGAAACACCUCUUUUGGUUCAAAGUAUUGUUAUGUUGUUAGUUAUGGUUGCAAUGUUAGAAAUUUCUGUUAGAAUGAAUCGGCGUUUAAUUCCAUCCUAUCAACGUUCUUCUAUUUGGAAUGGUGACUUUAUUGAGGAUUUUUGGAAAUGGAAUGAUUUGUCAAGCUUUAUUGUGGCAUUACUUUUUUUCACAAUAAUAUUCUCUUUACUUAAUGGAAUUUUUUACACGAAUGUAUAUUUUGUCGAAGCAUUGGGAUUAAGUGCGUUACUUGUAGAAGCAUGUCUUGGAAUUCCCCAAUUAUUGCGAAAUUUUCAAAGAAAAUCAACUGUUGGAAUGAGCGUAAAAAUGGUAUUAAUGUGGUUAAUUGGAGAUUUAGGCAAAACAAUUUAUUUUGUUGUUCGUGCAAGUCCAGCACAAUUUUGGAUUUGUUCUUGUCUUCAAAUUACAAUAGAUAUUUUAAUUCUCCUUCAAGUUUGGAUUUAUGGACGUAAACACCCUCAUUCAACUGAUUUACAUAAUACUUCCCUUCCAAAUAGUUUUGAGCCAAGCACUACAUCAAAAAUUUAAUAAAUUCUUUUUGACUUCUCAAUUAAAAAAUUUUUUUCAAUUUUUUUGGUCCCGUUUAACAGUACAAUGGUGAUAUAAUUAAAGUUUUGAAAAAUUAUUUUCCUCACAAACACUUGUCCUCCACAGAUUUUUUGAGAUGUUUGUGUGUCUGUGAUCUUUAAUUGGGUUUUUAUAACCUUUUG